AUGGGUGCCGAAGAACCCAAGAAAGCCGUCGACGUCGAGGCUCAUUCCGCGGCUGCGCCUCCGGCGUACGUCCAGGAUGGCCAGAUUCAGACCUACGAGCAGGAGGACUUUUGGACCCGGAAUGGUCUGAACUUCAGGUCCUUCCAGCGCCGCCCUGCCCACCAAGCUGAGCUGCCCCGUGCCAUGAAGACCCGCCAUAUGCACAUGAUUGCCAUUGGUGGUUCGAUCGGUGCUGGUUUCUUCGUCGGUUCCGGUGGUGCGCUCAGCACUGGAGGCCCCGGUUCUCUCUUCCUGGAUUUUUUUAUUAUUGGUAUUAUGAUCUUCAACGUCGUCUACGCUCUUGGUGAACUCGCUGUCAUGUACCCCAUCUCUGGUGGUUUCUACACUUACUCGACCCGCUUUAUCGAUCCUUCCUGGGGUUUCGCCAUGGGCUGGAACUACGUCUUUCAAUGGGCCAUCAUUGUACCGUUGGAAUUGACGGUCGCCGGUAUGACGAUAGAAUAUUGGCAAGUUGAUGUCAGUGUGGCCGUUUGGAUUACGGUCUUCUUGGUCGCCAUUAUUAUCAUCAACAUUUUCGGUUCGCUCGGAUAUGCUGAAGAAGAGUUCUGGUCCUCAUGCCUGAAGCUCGGUGCCAUCAUCGUCUUCAUGGUCAUCGCCUUGGUUCUUGUCUGCGGUGGUGGACCGUCUAAUGGUAUUUACGAUGAGUACUGGGGCGCGCGGUAUUGGUACAACCCUGGUGCUUUUAACCACGGCUUCAAGGGCUUCUGCUCUGUCUUCGUCACUGCCGCUUUCUCUUUCAGUGGAACCGAGCUGGUUGGUCUGGCUGCCGCCGAGUCGGAAAAUCCCACCAGGUCCCUGCCUGGUGCCAUCAAGCAGGUCUUCUGGCGUAUCACCCUCUUCUACAUCGUUGGUCUAUUCUUCGUCGGUCUUCUCGUCCCCUACGAUGAACCCAGACUCUUGGGCAGCGGUCUCAUCGACGUCGCAGCCUCGCCCUUUGUGAUUAUUGCCUCCAAUGCAGGCCUCAACGGAUACGACGACUUCAUGAAUGUCAUCAUUCUCGUUUCCGUCCUGUCGAUUGGUGUCUCUGGUGUCUACGGUUCCUCUCGUACCCUUACCGCUCUCGCCGAACAGGGCUACGCUCCCAAGUUCUUCACCUACAUCGACCGCUCCGGCCGCCCUCUCUGGUCCGUCCUAGUCACCAUCCUGUUUGGUGUUCUUGGAUACGUCAACGUCAGCUCCUCCGGCGAGGAAGUCUUCGCCUGGCUCCAGGCUUUGUCCGGUCUGGCCGCUCUCUUCACCUGGGGCUCCAUUUGCUUGGCGCACAUUCGUUUCCGCAGGGCCUGGGCUUACAACGGCCGCUCCCUCGACGAGAUCCCGUUCAAGGCUGCCUUUGGUGUCUGGGGCUCCUGGCUCGGUCUUUUCCUCGUCUUCAUCGUCUUGAUCGCUCAGUUCUUCACUGCCGUCGCACCCGCCGGUGGCGGCCCCGAUGGCGGCACCUACAACGACGCCGAAGGCUUCUUCAAGAGCUACCUCGCCCUCCCCGUCGUGCUCUUCUUCUGGGCCUGCGGCUACGCAUGGAAGCGCGAGGGUUGGCUCCGCACCUCGCAAAUCGACAUUGACAGCGGUCGUCGCGAGAUUGACUGGGAGCCUAUCCACGCUGAGCGCCGCCGGAUCGCCGCCAUGCCCGCCUGGAGACGCUGGCUCACCCACAUCUUCUAG